GUGCACCCCAUCGAAGACGGUGCCUGUAUAUAACUUAGAACCUGGUUUCCCCCUAAGGUCUAUCACUUGCGAGCGCUACAUUCGUCGUCCAUUUGACUACGAACAUGGCUCCCUUUGCAGCAGCAACCACAACGACAGUGUUAGCCAAGCCCGGAUACCCGUCAUGGAGACCACUCGACCGCUGCAAGCCAUCAGCAACAGCUACCAUGAGCACCUGGAGCGGGAGGACGGCAGCCAUGGCUUUGGGUCGGCGUGAGCUGUUGGAGGAGAGGGAUGAGGAAUGGAGGAGAUACCUUGCACCGGAGAGACAAGAAGUCCUGGCCCAUCUAGAGCCAUGGGCAGAAGCCAACAUGCUCCCUCUCCUGAAACCCGCCGACUCAGCCUGGCAGCCGUCAGACUUCCUCCCGGACGCGGCGACGCUAGGCGGCGAGGGCUUCGCCGCGGCGUGCGCCGAGGUCCGCGCGCGCGCCGAGCUCGUCCCGGACGCGCUCCUGGUGUGCCUCGUCGGCAACAUGGUGACAGAGGAAGCCCUGCCGACCUACCACGCCAUGUCGAACCGCUUCGAGGCCACCCGCGACGCGACCGGCAGCGGCGGCGACGCCUGGGCGCGGUGGCUCCGGGGCUGGUCCGCCGAGGAGAACCGCCACGGCGACCUCCUGAGCCGCUACUGCUACCUGUCCGGCCGCGUCGACAUGCGCCGGGUGGAGCGCACCGUGCACGCGCUCGUGGCCAACGGCAUGCCGAUGCACGCCCCUGCCAGCGCGCACCACGGCUACGUCUACGUCGCCUUCCAGGAGCGCGCCACGGCGGUCUCCCACGGGAACACGGCCAGGAAGGCCGGGGCUUGCGGGGACCCGCUGCUGGCCCGGAUCUGCGGCGCCGUCGCCGGGGACGAGAAGCGGCACGAGGCGGCCUACACGCGGCUCGUGGCCAGGAUCUUCGAGUGCGACGCCGACGCCGCCGUGCGCGCCAUGGCGUACAUGAUGCGGCGCAGGAUCACCAUGCCCGCCGCGCUCAUGGACGACGGCGGCCCCGGCGGCUCCAGCCUCUUCGCGAGGUACGCGGCGGCCGCGAGCCAGGCAGGGGUGUACACGGCGGCGGACUACCGGGCCAUACUGGAGCACCUGAUCCGGGAGUGGAAGGUUGAGGAGCUGGCGGCGGGGCUGUCCGGGGAAGGGAGGCGGGCCAGGGACUACGUGUGCGCCUUGCCGGACAAGAUCCGGAGGAUGGAGGAGAAGGCCUUUGACAGGACGAAGAAGAAGCCCAGCCUUGUUCCGUUUAGCUGGAUCUUCGAUAGGCCUGUUAGUCUCGUGCUGCCUUGAUUCAAAAUGAGCCCAACUAGAAACCCAGCCCUUUCUCCUCCACACAGCACAUCAACCAAGAAGUCACUACGUGUUCAACGAUCUUAAAUUCCCACGUCUUGAGGUAGACGAAUUAUGCAGCUUUCUAAAACCCACGAGGUUAGUCUAGUAUGUCCAACUAUGAUAUUUUGUAAUUUCGUCACCGAUUACGCGGAAAAACGUCAAAGAUGCCAAAUAGGGACCUCAAAGACGUUUGAUUUCGAAUGACCAUGAUGAAACUUUUAGUUUUAUCAAUGAUCUUGUUUAUAUUCAUUUCGGUUGUAUCAA